UUCCGGUUCCGCACUUUCAUAUAACCGGCCCCCUGCACGCCGAGUGGCUCCGCUAGCAUCAUGGCGGGGUCCUGGUGGAUGUCCUGCCGGAGGUUCAGUACAGGCUUUACCACCUGUGGUUUAUCUGAAACGCUUCGGUGUUUCAUAGGAAGGUCCCCGUACUCUCCUGCGUCAUCGACGGGCAGGCCGUUCUUGAGCUCCGCAGCCGGAAAGGAGAAAAAGCCACUGUUUCCUGCACAGAUCCACUCCAAAGCUUCUCACCUUAUUCCAUCUGGAAUCAGACACCGCUCUAGUUUGCUGUAUCCAACACUACAGUCCUGCAGCUGCAGGACAACGCACAGCGACGCAAAACUGAGGGACCCUUUUACAUUAGCCCAGAAAGACCUUACAAGUUUAUAUGAUGACAUCAAAAAGGAGCUGUUUGUGGCCAAAACGGAGCUAAAUUACCUCUGUGAUUAUUAUUUUGACGGGCGGGGCAAAGCUAUCCGACCGAUCAUAGUGGUCCUGAUGGCCCGGGCCAUGAACAUCCACAGCAACAGAGCUGGAGAUCUGCUCCCAGGCCAAAGGACGAUUGCAAUGAUUUCUGAAAUGAUUCACACUGCCAGCUUGGUGCACGAUGACGUGAUCGAUGGAUCGGAUGAGCGAAGGGGGAAGAGGUCCAUCAAUGAAGUGUGGGGAGAGAAAAAGGCUAUCUUAGCUGGAGACUUCAUCCUCUCGGCUGCCACCAAGGCCUUGGCUCGUAUUGGGAACUGCGCCGUGGUUAAGGUCCUCUCCCAGGUCAUAGAGGACCUAGUGCGAGGUGAGUUUAUGCAGCUGGGAUCCAAAGAGAACGAGAACGAGCGUUUCAAACACUACCUUGAGAAAACCUACAAGAAGACGGCGAGUCUGAUGGCACACAGCUGUAAAGCAGUUUCCAUCCUGGUGAACUCUGACCCUGAGGUCCAUGAAAUAGCUUACCAGUACGGGAAGAAUGUCGGCAUUGCCUUUCAGCUGGUGGACGAUGUUUUAGAUUUCACCUCAGGAGCCGAGCAGCUGGGGAAGCCUGCGGCCGCCGAUCUGAAACUGGGCCUGGCCACCGGGCCGGUUCUUUUCGCUUGUCAGCAGUUCCCGGAGCUUCACGCCAUGAUCAUGAGACGUUUCAGCUCCAAGGGAGACGUGGAUCGGGCCUGGCAGUACGUCCUUCAGAGCGACGGCGUGCAGCAGACCACCUACCUGGCGCAGCGAUACUGCGAAGAGGCCAUCAAACAGAUCAGCCGGCUCCAGCCGUCUGCAGAGAGGGACGCCCUCAUCAGGCUCACAGAGAUCGUCCUCAACAGGAACAAGUGAAGCUCCUCAGUCGCCUUCUGACUCACUCCUCUGGCAGCUCGAUGUGAAACGAACUUACCCUGCUGCCUUAUGAGACUAAAAUGUCUGCUGGCUGCACAGCGUGUAAAAGAAAAUUAAGUUAAGUCGUCUUAUCUUGGGAGGAAAGAGGAAAAAUCACCAUUUUAAGGUGAUUUUAGAGGAAUAAGAUCACCUUGAAGAAAAGGUUCGUCCUGUACUGUAACCAGCGGCCUCACACGUCUCAGACCGGGUUAUCGGAUCCUCUCUGGGCUGCUGAGAAUGUUGGAGAAAAAAAUAAUUUCUAAAACAUGAUGGAGUCGUUAUUGUCUGGAUGUGACGUCCAUGGAUCCGUCCAAAACUCAAUGGCCAAACUUUUUCUGUUUUACACUCUGAACUUUGCUAAGUGUCCUGUAACAGCAGAAGGCCUUAACAUCUGACAUGACCAUGUGCUCAAUAAACCACCUGAUCAAGUUUUAUUAUUUAAAA